AGUUUAGCACUUGUAGCACACUUGAACCCAUUUUUGAUACACCAGUGUGUGUGUGUGUGUGUGUCAGUCAUCAGUACACAGCACACACACACACACACUUGAUGUUUAAGACCUUAUCACUGAAUAUUUACUCUGUAAAGACAAAUUAAACAUUAAACUAGUUUUUUGUACAAAAUGUAAAACAAAGAGCCUAAGUUUGUGUUUUUUUAACAUGUAUAAUACUUCAGGUUUUUAAGGAUGUAGUGUGUUAUAGUGAGGAUGUGGAGGGAUAAAAGAAAUAAACACUCCUCAGAAAUCUGACGAUCAGUAAAUAAAGAAUGAAAUCAAAAAAGCGAAGCACAAAGCAGUGUGUCUCGACUCGACUCGCAGGGUCUCUGGUGUUUUGGGCCCGCUGGCGCUCCGUACUCCGUGCCCCGCGGCGGUGAUGACCGGAGACGCCGAGCACGUGUUCCCCGCAGAAGACGGUCUGUUCGAGGAGACGUUCGGCGCAGAAAACACCUACAGAGUCCACGGGCUGGACUUCCGGAUCCGGCAGGAUUACAGCGCGAGGCUGGGCGUGUCCGCGUCCGUCUGGGACUCCGCUCUGCAUUUAUGUCAGUACUUCGAGAGCGAGUCUCUGGACCUCAGAGGGACGCGGGUCAUAGAGCUGGGCGGAGGAACCGGACUGGUCGGCAUAGUGGCUGCACGACUAGGAGCUCAUGUGACCAUCACAGACUUACCUUCGGCCGUCUCUCAGAUCGAGAGGAACAUUGCGGGGAACGUGCCUCUCUCAGGAUGGCCCUCAGGGGCCCCUGCCGUGUCAGCUCUGUCCUGGGGCCUGGACCACCGCCGCUUCUCCUCCGGCUGGGACUUCGUGCUGGGCGCUGAUAUCGUCUACCUGCCAGAAAGCUUCCCUCUUCUCGUGGACACGCUGGCUCAUCUGAGCCGGGACGGGGCCGUUGUGUUCCUGGCCUCAGCGAUGCGCAGAGAACACGGCGCUCAGGACUUCUACGACCGCGUGUUACCUCAGGCGUUCAGCGUGGAGCUCGUGCAGAGAGACCCUGAGAACAACAUCAAUAUUUACAAAGCCACUCUGAGAUGAGCCGUCCAGACGUCGCUGGGAGGAUUCAGUAUGUACUAUAUUAUGUGGUAUAUUGUACAUGGCAGUGAAUUGUUGCUCUCCAUUAAAUCCAAACUAUUUUAAAGUUCUGGUGUGAAAAUCGUAACAGUAUUGAGGAGAACACAUAUACAGUAAGGCCAUCAUGUACUCCAAUAAUUGGUAAUCCGAUUAACGUUACAUCAAACAUUAGUUAGAGAUUAUCAUCUAAUUUAAUUACUGUUUGUUUCUCAGUUGGUGGAAGGUGUUUGUGAUGAGGAGUGUUUCGGUGAA